ACCCUGUUGCCGGACAGAUAACGUAGUACCAAAAUGGGCUGCUCUUCUUCCAAGCGAGUGGAGGCCGCCGCCGUCGUCGAUCUCUACCGUCCACCGCCGUCGAGCUUUGCCGUCUUCGACGUCAACGCCAUCCAAGAGCCAUGGCUCAUGGCCGAAGAUGCUGCCGCGGAGCACGGGGAGAAGCCUACGCACGUGCCGGCCCCGAUCCUCGAGAAGCUCAACAAGCUCGAAUCCGACGGCCCUCGUUCGUGGGAUGAAGUGAGCAGGGCUCUGGAGGAUCUCAAGCCCAUCAUAACCAAACCUGCACCUCCCACACUGGAUCCCCGCCCCCCGGUGCAAGAUAGCCGGGCUCCGGUUAAGAGCUUCUCUUUCCACACGCUUGAGGAGCUCGACGCCAAGCUCACCGCCAAGCCCGCCGAGUUGAGGAAAACUGAUUCGAUGCGUCCCGAGUUGAAGAAAAAUGACCGAGUCAACGCCGAGUUAAGACCAAUUCAUGACCGAGUCAAGGGCGAGUCGCGACCAGAGUCAGGAAGUUUCAAGCCGGUGAGGGAGAAUAUAUUCAUAGUGAAGGACAGAUUGGACAGGCAGAAGGAAGGGAACGCGGCGGCACCGGCGAGGUGGGACCCACUGAGCGACUUCCCGCAGAACUGCCCGCCGGGGGGGUCGGACGCGGUGGUGCUGUACACGACGUCGCUGGGGGGCGUGCGGCGGACGUACGAGGACUGCAACCGGGUGCGGGCGAUCCUGGAGAAUCACCGAGUGGUGUUCGACGAGCGGGACGUGGCGCUUCACGGCGGGUUCCUGGCUGAGCUGAAGGGGCUGGUGGGGGAGGGGGUGGCGGUACCGCGGCUGUUCGUGAAGGGGCGGUACGUGGGCGGGGCGGCGGAGGUGGUGGGACUGAACGAGACAGGUCGACUGGGGCGGUUGAUGAGUUGGGCGCGGGUCGAGCGAGGCGCCGGGAGGCAGGAUUGCGGCGGGUGUGGUGGCGCCAGGUUUGUGCCGUGUUUGGAUUGCGGCGGGAGCUGCAAAAUAGUGGUCGGGGAUAAGAAAGAGAGGUGUGACAAAUGUAACGAGAAUGGUUUGGUCCACUGUCCAAAUUGUCUCUAAUCGCAUACUAUCUUUAUUUACUACACAUCUUUGCAUU